CACAAGCAUCAGUCUAGUCCCCAGGCUCAGCAUCAUUGGGGUUCAGUCUGUGGCUAAGUAAACCAGGAGGAUGAUGGUGGGGGAACUGGGAGGCCGCUCGUUAGAUUACCAGAUAAUGGCGCUCCUCUCUCGUAUUUCUUUUGGAUGUGCAACUGGCGACUAAGAGAAUAGAUCGUGGCAGAAGUGUUGCCAUAGCAGUGGUCAUGUCACUCUGAGAGGUGGGAUCAGGCAGGGGAGAGGAGGAGGAGGAGGAGAAGCAGAAGGAAGAGGAACCGGAGGCGGAGAAGGAAGAGCAGCAGGAGGAGGAGGAGGACCAGGAGGAGGAGUAGUAGGAGAGGUGCUGCAGCAGCAGUAGAAGUUGCAGCGUUGGACCAAGUGCCAUCCUCUGGCGGUUGCCAUGGGGAACACGGCCACCAAGUUCCGCAAGGCGCUGGUGAGCGGUGACGAGGCCGUGGCCUGGCAGCUGUACGAAGGGAACCCGCAGUUCAGGGAUGGCCUGGACCCCAACGCCUCCUACGGAGAACCCUACCAGCACAACACAGCCCUGCAUUACGCCUGCAGACAUGCCAUGACCCGCCUGCUAAGGUCAUUCCUGUUCAGUAAAGAAGGGAACCCCAACAAGAGGAAUGUCCACAAUGAGACGUGUCUCCACGUGCUGUGCCAGGGCCCCCAGAUCCUGCUGCUGCCAGAGGGGGCGCUGUCCCCCAGGCUGGCCCGCCCGCAGAGAGACGAGCAGCGCAGGGCCGACUGCCUCCAGAUGAUCUUGAGCUGGACCGGAGCACGUCUGGACAGAGGCCAGUAUGAGAAGGCCAAUGUGAACGCCACCGACAACCACCGCAGCACCUGUCUGCACUACGCCGCCGCCGCAGGGAUGAAGAGCUGUGUGGAGUUGCUGGUGCAGGGGGAGGCCAGCCUGUUUGUGGAGGACGAGGAUAAGCUGACCCCGUGCGACCAUGCGGAGCGGUGCCACCACACAGACCUGGCCCUCAGCCUGGAGUCCCAGAUGGUGUUCUCCCAGCACACGCUCACCCGCAACAGCACGCGCUCCAACUGCAACACACUGCGCUGCAAGGAGCCCUACGAGGGGCUGAAGCUGCAGGACCUCAGGAAGCUAAAGGACAUGUUGAUAGUGGAGACGGCAGACAUGCUCCAGGCCCCCCUCUUCACCGCUGAGGCCCUGCUUCGAGCUCACGACUGGGACAGGGAGAAGCUUCUGGAAGCCUGGAUGUCAGAUGCGGAGGACUGCUGUCAGCGCUCUGGGGUGUCCAUGCCGGCCCCGCCGCCCAGCGGCUGCAACGCCUGGGACACGCUACCUUCCCCGCGCACCCCGCGCUCCCCCCUCACCCUCACCCUCACCUCCCCUACCGACAGCUGCCUCACGCCAGGAGACGAGGGGCUGGCGCAGUGUGGCAUCUGCCUGUGCGCCAUCUCUGUGUUCGAGGACCCUGUGGACAUGUCCUGUGGCCACGAGUUCUGCCGAGCAUGCUGGGAAGGUUUCCUGAAUGUGAAGAUCCAGGAGGGAGAAGCUCACAACAUCUUCUGCCCAGCGUAUGACUGCUACCAGCUUGUGCCGGUCCAGGUCAUUGAGAGUGUGGUGUCUCGAGAGAUGGACCAGCGCUACUUGCAGUUCGACAUCAAGGCGUUUGUGGAGAACAACCCUGCCAUCCGCUGGUGCCCGGCGGUGCGCUGUGAGCGCGCCGUCCGGUUGACCAGGCCUGGGCCGGGCACCUCCCACGCCUUCCCCCUCCUGCCCUCCCCCGCCGUCGACUGUGGCAAGGGACACCUCUUCUGCUGGGAGUGCCUUGGGGAGGCCCACGAGCCGUGUGACUGUGACACGUGGAGGAUGUGGCUCCAGAAGGUGUCGGAGAUGAAGCCGGAGGAGCUAGCUGGUGUCAGUGAUGCCUACGAGGAUGCCGCCAACUGCCUAUGGCUGCUGACAAACUGUAAACCCUGUGCCAACUGCAAGUCCCCCAUUCAGAAGAACGAGGGCUGCAACCACAUGCAGUGUGCCAAGUGUAAGUACGACUUCUGCUGGAUCUGUCUGGAGGAGUGGAAGAAGCACAGCUCGUCCACCGGAGGUUACUACCGCUGCACGCGCUACGAGGUCAUCCAGCAGCUGGAGGAGCAGUCCAAGGAGAUGACCGUGGAGGCUGAAAAGAAGCACAAGAGUUUUCAGGAGUUGGACCGCUUCAUGCACUACUACACACGCUACAAGAACCACGAACACAGCUACAGGCUGGAGCAGAAACUACUGAAAACUGCCAAAGAGAAAAUGGAGCAACUCAGCCGAGCCUUCAUCGGACGUGAGGGCGCUGCUCCAGACACCAGGUUCAUUGAGGACGGCGUGUGUGAGCUGUUGAAAACGCGGCGCGUGUUAAAGUGCUCUUACCCCUAUGGCUUCUUCCUCCAGCCACGCUGCACGCAGAAGGAGAUUUUUGAGCUCAUGCAGACGGAUCUGGAGAUGGUGGUGGAGGACUUGGCACAGAAGGUUAAUAGGCCGUACUUGAGGACGCCCUGCCACAAGAUCGUCAGUGCCGCGCAGCUAGUGCAGCAGAAGAGGGCAGAGUUCCUGGCCUCUGUUGCCAGGGGUGUGGCACCCAACGACUCCCCUGAGGCGCCCCGCAGGAAUUUCCCUGCUGGUUCCUGGGAUUGGGAGUACCUUGGAUUUGCAUCCCCUGAGAUGCUAAGGAGUCACUCUGUGCUUGGAGGAGAAGAACAGAGAGACAGACAGACACAGGAGUAUGCAGACAUCCAGUACCGUCGUAGACACCGGCAGAGACGCAGGGGAGACAUGCUCAGUCUGCACAGCCUCCGAAGCAACAGCAACACCCCCGAGUCCAACAGGAGGAGCGACAGCAUAGAAGGCCAGGAGAGGAUUGCAGAAGGGAGGAGGCGAGCACUGGGCUCGAUGGACGAAGACGACCCCAACAUCCUCCUGGCUAUCCAGCUCUCCCUUCAGGAGUCCCGGAGAGACAGGGGGACAGAGGGAGGACGGGAGGACCGAGGAGCCAGACUGGAGCCGGACUCUGUGCUGGAGCCGGAGAGAAGGGUGACUGAGAAAUGGAUGCCGGAGAGAGGAGUGGGCGGUGCCAGGGUGGGGGAGGGGUCAGCUGUGACGGAGGGGGCGUCGGGUUCCCACCUCUCCUCUCUCCCAGAGCCCCCCCGCCCCCCCUCUAGGACAGACAGCACGCCUCCCCUCCCCCCUUCCCACAACCACCUCCCCCCCGUCCCCCCACCUCCCCCCACCCUCUGCGGUGAGCUGCUGGAGCUGGGAGACAGCCUUAUGAAGUUGGGGAACAUCACGACGCCGUACCACCUAGAACACGGCUACACGCACGCCAAACCCUACUCGCCCCACGACCACCUCUACAACCGCCUUCCCAUCCCCGCCGACCGCAGCUACGACCGCAACCGCGACCACGUGGACCCUAGCACCUUAAUCACGGCAUACACGCAGGACCGAAACGCCGGGACUGCUCGAACCCCGGACCACAGUUAUGACCGCAACCACAGCCAGAGUCACUGCCAUUCCAGCCUGUACGCUCCUGAUCUGGAACGGACCACACCGUACACACUCGACGCCAAACCCAAUCCUAACCCCGACUAUCCUAAACCUUGUGCACUCACACACAACCCUAACCCCGACUUUACAACCCCAAAUGCACCAGAAAGCAACCCCGAUCACACUGCGCCCUACAGCCUAGACCAGAACCCGACCCCCCUCUCCCAACCCCCUGUCCAGCUGUGCCUCUCAUUCCCAGACCUCCUGCUGUCUCCAGUGGUUCCCCCGGGGGGCGCCUUCACCCCUAGCGACCCCGACUGCCUGGAGCCUCUGGACCCCACGGCUAGCACCCAGCUACUGGACACCAUCAUGGCCUGGUACCACCCCCAGAACUGCCCCCAGGACAUGAAUCUGCUCCCCUCUGACACCCCGCCCACCACGGAGACAGACUCCCCUGAACUCUCCCCGCAAGACCAGGCAGAGGACCUGCCAGACACCCAGACCUCCUCCACCCAUGGCAUGGAGGUCCCGCCGCAGGUCCAGCAGCCCCAGGACAGUGAGCCGGAGGGAGGCAGAGGCCAGGCUAGCUCCCCCUGUCCAGGGAGCCCUGAAGCUUUGAGACCCAGCACGCUGGAGCUGGAAUGCGAGAGGUGUGUGGAGAGGCCGGAGGAGGGGGAAGAGUGUGUGGACCUGUUGCUAGAUGUAGCAGACACGCAUUCGCUCUGCGCAGGCGACGCUCCCGCGGAGGCGGACCAUGAGCUCCACUGAAACAGCCCGCAGCCCUCUCUCAGAUGCCGCCACCUGAGGUGCAGGUGGAGUGAGUGCGCCUGGUGUGACGGCACACAAAAGACCGAUUUGUUUCGAGAGACAAAGCAGGAAAGAUUAGCAGAGACCGGACGGAGGAAGUGAGAGGGGCAUAUAGACGGAGAGAGGGAGAGUGACGAUGGAGGGCGUCCACUUUUGAUGAUGUCAUGAUCCGUGCGACGGAAAGAGCCUUUCUAGCUGCUUCAAAAGCAACUUUGGUUUGUUCUGUUCUGGCCGCCUCUUAUGUUUGACUUCCUGUCUCCCGUAUAGGCUCCUUGUUAAUGAAAAUAAAAUUUAAAAACAUUGACAUUAUUGACUUUGAGGCAUUCUGACCUGCAGCAGAGAAAAAGGCUCAACUGAAAUGUGCACUUUGAUCCCUGUAGUAGCCUAACCACAUAUCUCCAAUUGAAGGGGGUUUGUUAUGAGUGGUUAGUGGUAUUAUGAAUGAAAGGAUUACCACCAAGGGCCAGUCCUGCUGUCGGGUCAUGAGACAUGGGCAUUUUUAAGUGGGCUAGGGUGUUUUGAAAUGGUUACUUGAUUUGGACUUCAUAUGGAUUGAUUGAUUGAUACUACUGAUAAACAGACAGUAUUUGUCUCAAUAGUAUGUUGUCACCUUGGUGGUGGUGAUCCGGGGAUUGGGGGUAGAUAAGGGGCCCUUUUCUAUUUUAUGUUUUUUUUUAUUCCACUCCAUCUAUAUUACAGGUUCACUUUGUGGAGAUUAAAUCUCAUUUUCCAGAAAGGCCGGCGCUAUUAGUCAGAGUGCCUUUUAUUUGAAUCAUUAUUUAUGAACAGUUUUGAUUUAUUUAUUUUUAUGUUUCUCCACAUUUAUCAAAUGGCACUCAAAUGUUGAAAUGAUCAAUGACUGCACAUAUGUUAGGUGUCUAUUGCCAUGUUAAGAGGUUCAACAUUGACGGUACAAACCAAGUACUACUGAUACUUAACUGUAUUCAAACGUCUCUCGUUUACACCCUGUAGCACAACAGCCGGGGUUGGCAUAACAUAUUUAAUAACGUAUCUGGCAAAACGGACUAAACUAAAGAAACAUAAUCAAAGACCGACCAGGACUUAAUUGAGGAAUCAACCAUUUCAACACUCCAUCCAGGCUUUCUGUUUGUUUGGUUCCAACAUGUCCAUUGCAGAAUCUGAAUAUUGUGCUGACUUGUUGACCUUUUUUGGUGAUUCGGCCCUCAUGGUUCUCAGUGGGUUAGUUACUGCU